AUGUUUCACAAAAUCGACCCACAUUUGAAUGGUGAUAAUAAUGUAGAUGGUGGUGAUGUACAUGAUGUAAAUAAUGGCAAUGUAGAUGAUGGUGAUGUAGAUGAUGAUGAUGUACAUGAUGGUGAUAUAGAUGUUGCUGUAGUAGAUGACGGUAAUGUAGAUAAUGGCGAUGUAAAUGAUGGUCAGGUAGAUGACGGUGAUGUAGAUUAUGAUGCUGGCGAUGUAGAUGAUGGUUAUGUAGACCAUGGCGAUGUAGAUGUAGAUGAUGUAGUUGAUGUUGCUGUAGAUGGUGGCGAUGUAGAUAAUGGCGAUGUAGAUGAUGGUGAUGUAGAUUAUGGUGAUGUAGAUUAUGGUGGUAUAAAUGAUGGUGGUGUAGAUGUAGAUGAUGUAGAUGAUGGCGAUAUAGAUGUAGAUGAGGGUGAUGUAGAUGAUGGCGAUGUGGAUGAUAGUAAUGUAGAUGAUGAUGAUGGUGAUGUAGAUCAUGGCGAUAUAGAUGACAGUGAUGUAGAUGAUGACGAUGUAGAUGUUGAUGAUGGAGAUGUAGAUGAUGGUGAUGUAGAGAAUAGCGAUGUAGAUUAUGGUGGUGUUGAUAGCGAUGUAGAUGAUGGCGAUGUAGAUGAUAGUGAUGGAGAUUAUAGUGUUGAAUAUUAUGUUAUGUAG